CAGCAGGCGCAUACAUAACCCCCCAUCCCGCCGGAUGACUUCCAUCUGCUAUUUCCGUUGACGAAGGCAGCUACAGCAGCUUGAUGUAAACAAACGGCGUUUAAGAAAAAGGCUCUCGUACUGGACGUCGAGGUUGUUCGUGGGUGUGACGCGAAUGAUGGAGUGAAGUGGAGGCGGCAACAUGUCCAUGGAAGACCCCUUCUUCGUCGUCAAAGGGGAGGUGCAGAAGGCCGUGAGCGGCGCUCAAACCCUCCAUCACAGAUGGAGAGAGUUGCUGCUGGAAGGGGGUGCAGCCUCGAAGGAGGAGAUGGACUGGACCACGAAUGAGCUGAGGAACAGUUUGCGCUCCAUUGAGUGGGACCUGGAAGACCUUGAUGAGACCAUCAGCAUCGUGGAGUCCAACCCCAAGAAGUUCAACCUGGAUGCCGAUGAGCUGGCCAAGAGAAAAGCCUUCAUCAGCAGCACCAGACGCAGUGUCAAGCAAAUGAAGGAGCACAUGACGGGUGGUCCGGCCGUGGCCUUUGCUGACGGGACAGACAAGCGGGUGGCGCUUGGCGACGGCGCCAAAUGCGACGUGUACUGGCCGCCGGCGCGUGGCCUGCACGGCACUAACUCCGACUGCAUCGAGAACCAGCAACUUCAGCAACAGUUGAUGGCGGAGAAGCAGGACGAACAGCUGGAGCUUGUCUCGGGAACCAUUGGCGUCCUGAAGAACAUGUCAGAGAGGAUUGGCCUGGAGUUGGAUGAGCAGGCUGUUAUGCUGGACGACUUUGGCCAGGAGAUGGACAGCACACACUCCAGACUGGACAACGUCAUGAAGAAACUGGCCAAAGUGUCCCACAUGACCAGCGACCGCCGCCAGUGGUGCGCCAUUGGUGUGCUGCUGGCUGUCCUCUUGGUCAUCCUCCUGCUCCUAGUCAUCCUCUGACACGAUGACUCGUCUUCCUCCUCAGAGGUCGUUGUCUGUUUUGUCUCCUGCUGAGUGGUGACUGUUUUCUUCCCUUCCUUUGCGGACUUUUCAGUGUGAAAGACUGACUCGAUUCUUUGUUGCACAGUCCACCUUUUGUCCUGCAGGUGUCACAAGCAGCCCUAAAACCAGGGCUGCCCAAGUCCUGUCCUGAGAACCUACCCAGGCUGUAUUUCCAACGUUGCUUGAUUCAAAUCAUCAGGCUUUUGCAAAUUUAUUGCUGAGCUCAUCCAUGGUAUCGGAUGUGUUGCAGUUGGAUGACAUCUCAAAUAGGCUGGAUAGGGGCUCUUCAGGACAGCCCUGCCUAAAGCCAUUUUAAAAGUAUCCAUCCAUUAUCUAACCUGCUUAUCGUCACAAAGGUCACGACUCAGAUGUCUCAUGACACCCCACGUUCAACUAUGAACACUUAAAAAGUUUCAUUAAUGACAAAGUACCAUGAACUUAAAUUGAAGAUUGGCUUGGCAGCUGGUAAUGGAACCAAAACCACAUUUUAUUCCUUUUCCAAUUCAUAAAAUCCAUUUCUUGUCCCAAACGUGUUACCUCCACUUUUGUCUGGGUUGUGUUCGGACGGACUGGGCGGGCCUGAAAUAGUGACGGAAGCUCGGUGAAGGACACCCAAUGGCAACCUCUUCCUUAAUAUAGAAGAUCUACGAACAGGAAGACCAACCUGGAUGCAUAAAAAAAAAGGUCCAGGUGCCAACAAAUUCGGUCAAGUUCAUGGUUGUCAUCCAUGGACCCAACAGAUCUCAACGAAAACAUCAGAUGUGAUUACUACCAAUUAGCCAUCCAUGUUUUCAGCACAAGUAAAAACCCAGACAUCAUAGACAAACUAGAAAAUGCCAUUUCUGGAAAAAAUGCGUGUGAAGGCGAAGAGGUUGAAUAACUUCUUGGGGAAUGCUGCAGAAUGAUGUUGAAAUGAGUUGAAUUACUUGAGAAAUGUAGAAAAUAGAAGUGUAAAACAAAAUUUUGGAGAAUUUGUGGUGAAUUUCAAAAUUGAAAAUUUAUGAAUUUUGAUAAGUGGGAAGUUGUGAAAUAGGUAGGAAAAUGAUGAACAGUUGAAAGUUGGAACGGGUUGAAUCGAUUAAAAAAUGUAGAAAUUAGAGUUGAAAAAUGAAAUUUUGAAGAAAUUGGUGAGAAUUCCAAAAUUGAAAAUUUUGAAUUUUCGGUAUGUGGGAAGUUGUGGAAUAGGUAGGCAAAAGAUGAACAGUUGAAAGUUGGAACAGGUUGAAUCGGUUGAAAAAUGUAGAAGUUAGAGCAAAUGUUCAAUCCUCAUAGAGAAUGAAUAGGAAUUUAAAAAAAAAAAAAAUUGCGCCAGACAUUUUUGAAAUUUGGAAUGAAAGAAAAA